AUCCUGGGGAAGCUCAUCAACAGCCUUCAUCCCAGCGGCUCGAAGCCUGUGAAGAUCCCGGAUCCGCCCCCCACCAUGGUCUUCAAGCAGAUGGAGCAGAUCUCCCACUUCCUGAAGGCAGCCGAGGAUUACGGGGUGGUGAAGACGGACAUGUUCCAGACGGUCGAUCUCUUUGAAGCCAAGGACAUGGCAACUGUCCAGCGCACCCUCAUGGCCUUGGGCAACCUGGCCGUGACCAAGAACGACGGGCAUUUCCAGGGGGACCCCUCGUGGUUCAUGAAGAAGUCCCAGGAGAACAAGCGGGACUUCUCCGAGAGCCAGCUGAAGGAAGGCAAGAAUGUGAUCGGCUUACAGAUGGGCUCCAACAAAGGGGCGUCGCAGGCAGGCAUGACGGGCUACGGCCGGCCCCGGCAGAUCAUCAGCUAAGCCCAGUCCAGCUGCUGUGCUGCCCCCCACCCCCCCAGCCGGCCGGUCUUCCCGCUCUUGCUGACAGCCAGGCGAGCUCCGCCCCACAGCUGCCGCCGCCGCCACCGCCAGGGGUACGCGCAGGGGACCUCCCCACCAUGCCCCCUAAGCAGUUCCCGGAAGGGGCGCCGUGCCCAGAGGCUUCUGCUGCUGCUGCAUAGCAACGGCCAGCCAGGCAGCCAACCUGCUCCAGAGCUGCUGGCCUCUGCAUGCUGCCCGCUUCACCCGCCCGCCCACUGCACUCCCUCCCGGCCUGCUUUGGCCCUGGCACGCAUCCUGGGGCUGCCGGAAGGCUUUGCCCAAAACCGCAGAGCUGAACUUGGCUGAAACUGCCCAGGAGCCUCUCUUGAGAAACUCUGCCAGGGGCGCAGAAGGAAGCUCCCCUUUUGUACUUUCUGGGGUUAUUCAUUGGAUUAAAAACUGAAUCUUUGGGGUC